GAAAAUACACGCGAGCUCCGCGCCGAAGGUUGAACUGACCAAUGGACGCCAUGGAUAGGCGGGACAUCGGGAGACUCAGAGACACGUGUACAGAAAAGCAGGAAGUAAAUAAAGUGCAAUUUCAUUUGCUCCCAGAACGGACACGAGAUCACUCCCGUACUGAGGCAGGGUAGGACCUCGGGCAAACCUUUAGCACACCCUGCCCAAGCCGGUCCCAUGAUACCAGGCUACAGCCCGGUGACGCAGGCCCUGCUGGGCACCUUCUUCACCUGGGGGGUGACGGCCGCCGGCGCAGCCCUUGUGUUCGUUUUUUCCACGGGACAAAGACGCAUCCUGGAUGGGAGCCUGGGAUUCGCUGCAGGGGUGAUGUUGGCCGCCUCCUACUGGUCACUGCUGGCCCCCGCCAUCGACAUGGCCGAGGACUCGGGGAAAUACGGCGCCUUCGCCUUCGUCCCCGUCGCUGUGGGAUUCACCCUCGGUGCCGCCUUCGUCUACCUGGCUGACCUCCUCAUGCCGGCACUGGGAUUUGCAGAAGACCCCCACCUGGCCCUGGCCCUCCCCCUGGAAUCUAAACCCAAGGAGAAGCAGGAAGACCCUUUAGGGCCGGCAGACGCCACGGAGCUCUCCAUUAGGAUAGGUAGAGCAGGACUGCGCUCAGAUAAGCUGGAGAAUGGUGAUGUGUAUCAGCGGCGCAGAGGCCCCCAGGUCAACGUGCCGGGGGACCCGGAUAUGGCCUCCAGCCCCCUGGAGCGUGAGCGGCCGGGCAGAGCAGCCAGCAGCUGGCGGCGAGUCCUGCUGCUCAUUAUGGCCAUCACCAUCCACAACAUACCCGAGGGUCUAGCGGUUGGGGUUGGAUUCGCCGCGGCAGGAAAGACUCCAUCUGCGACCUUUGAGAGUGCCAGGAAUCUGGCCAUCGGCAUCGGGAUCCAGAAUUUCCCAGAAGGCCUUGCGGUGAGCCUGCCUCUCCGGGGCACGGGUGUGUCGCCGUGGCGUGCGUUCUGGUACGGCCAGCUCAGCGGCAUGGUGGAGCCCGCGGCCGGGCUGCUGGGCGCUGUCGCCGUGGUGAUGGCCGAGCCGCUGCUCCCCUACGCCCUGGCCUUUGCGGCGGGUGCCAUGGUGUACGUCGUCAUGGACGACAUCAUCCCCGAGGCACAAGUCAGCGGCAACGGGAAGCUGGCUUCAUGCACCUCCAUCUUGGGAUUCGUGGUGAUGAUGUCACUGGACGUGGGCCUGGGCUGACGCCCUGUUUCCAUGGGUACUGUCACUGGAGCUCUGAAAGUCAUGGAGCAAAGGGACCUGAUUGUCCUCCUUGAGAUGUAUCUCAAGUUCUGUGUAAAAUUGUGAAUUGAAUUUUCUAUGCAUUUUUUUUGUUACUUUGAUUUCAUUCCAGGAUUUUUUCUUUGCUUACUUUUCUUAGAUAUUGAACCUGUUUGCAUAAUGACUGAAUACUGUGCCAGUACUGUGACAUUAUACAUGUGGUAAUGAUUUACCAGAAUGUUCUUUAAAUGAAAUAAGCGACCUGGCUGAUCAAUCUCUAACCCACAUUUCCCCAGCUUCUCCGUCGGACUUGUGUUGUGUGGAAGUUUACUUUCAGAUGUUUGGUGCUGCCCUAGGCCGUGCCUUCCCAGAAUUCCAUGCCACAUUCCCGACUGUAUACUUGACAUUAACCAAGGGGUCCACAGUGUGUUGGCUGUCAUGAAUGAGGAAUGAGGUAUUGUAAUUUACAAAAUACAAGGGCAUCUUAUAGAAGUCGUCGAAAGAAUAUAGCUUCUUAUGUAUGUCUGACUGCUGUUCGUUCAGAAUUAUUGAGCUGGAAUUUGGUUUGGUUGGCCGUGCCGAGUCGGCCUCAUCUCAGCCUCGCCAGACUGCCCGACGGCAUUUCGACAGCUUGCGUUCCCAGAGGUUCGUUUUAAAACAAAUUAGAAUUAAUUGGCAUAAUGAAGGAGAGGGAGAUGGGAAUGCUCAUUCUGAGAGGCGAGGAUGUCACAUGGCAGGAAGGAGACGGCGGACGCUGAAGGCUCGACGCGGCAUCAAAGACACCUGCCGUGUCCGACGUGUGUGAAAGCUGAGGACGCUUUGGUCGUAGUUUACAAAAUGUCAGGAUUAUAUACAGUUUACAUCCAUCAUCACUCACUCUGAGGGGGUCUCUGCUUCCCUUUCUCAGUCUCUCUUUCCCUCUGCCUGUCUUCCUGCCUUUCCGUCUAGGUUUGUGUUCUGAUCAGAUCUUUGGGGUUUUGUAAGAUGGAAUGGUAUGAUUUUCGGAAUUGCUACGUGUGCUGAUUAAUCAUCUUUUUCCCGUUACUGUUUUCAUUUCUAAUUAAUCUGUUGUUUCAGAUUAAUGCUUUUAAGGGAACAAAUAAGUGACUCCAUUUUUUUUAAAUAACCUUUUUAUUAAAUAAGGAAGUCUGUAUAUAUUGUGAUCAAA